ACAAUCCUCUGCAGCUUUUCGGACGUCCUGCAAAGAUGGAGCACACUCGGCGAUUUCCGUUCGAGGGGGAGGAUCGAUGAGCAAGGUCGCAUCGAAUAGGAGAGAGGACAGAGAGAGAGAGAGGAGGAGAGAGCGAGAGAGAGGAGGAGAGAGAGAGAUGUACCCCUGGAGGCUGGCGGCAGCUGUCUGCAGCCGCAAACACGUGUCGGUCUUCAGCCGCUCCUUCAACAUGGCAGAGGAGGCGAAGAAACUGGCUGCUUACGCCGCUGUGGACAACCACGUCCAGAAUAACCAGGUGGUCGGCGUGGGCAGCGGAUCGACCAUCGUCUAUGCCGUGGACAGAUUAGCUGAACGAGUCCGAGAGGAGAAACUCAACAUCGUGUGUGUGCCAACUUCCUUCCAGGCUCGUCAGCUGAUUCUGCAGCACGGCCUCACUCUGUCGGAUCUGGACAGACACCCUGAGCUGGAUGUGGCGAUCGACGGGGCCGAUGAAGUGGACGCAGAUCUCACGCUGAUAAAAGGCGGAGGCGGCUGCCUGACUCAGGAGAAGAUCGUCGCCGGCUGUGCUAAACAUUUUGUCGUCAUCGCCGACUACAGGAAGAACUCCAAGGACCUGGGCCAGCAGUGGAAGAAGGGCGUUCCCAUCGAGGUGAUCCCCAUGGCGUACGUUCCCGUGUCCCGGAUCAUCGCCAAACGCUUCGGAGGCGAGGCCAACCUACGGAUGGCCGUCAGUAAAGCGGGUCCGGUGGUCACUGACAACAGCAACUUCAUCCUGGACUGGAAGUUUGAGCGCGCUCAGAACUGGAAGGAAGUCAACACGGCGCUCAAGAUGAUCCCAGGUGUGGUGGAGACGGGGCUCUUCGUCGGCAUGGCUGAGCGAGCCUACUUCGGGAUGGAGGACGGGAGCGUGAAGGUUCAGGAUCCUCCUGUGAAAUGAGAAAUCUCCCGCCUCCACCGUCAUUCCCCCCCCCCCCCUUUCAAAACGACCUCACCAUUCCCACAAGUGCCGACUUUAUGAUUUUUGCACCCCGGUCUCGAGGACUGUGCUCGGGGGCGGAGCUGCACCGCCUGCAGGAGUGUAGCAGGGAAGUUUCCACACAUCUCAAUAUGCAGACUAAACAAGAGGAGCGUUUGAUUUCUCUCAUCCUGCAGCUGUCGCUUCUGAUUCUGAGUUUAUUUUUAUUUUUUUAAAGUGCCUGAUGAGGGAAAUCAAGUGCACCGUGCACUGCAUGUUUUUUUAAUUGUUGCUCCGUUGGGCUGCCUGCUCUCACCGGGACUGUCGGCUCUGCUGCUGAACGAAACUAAGGUGUGCCUUAAAGUCUUAUUAACUAAAAUGAUGCCAUUAAAGUCCCGUUUAAAAAGCUCAUAAUCACCAUGGAAACACUUUGAUCUGCUCAAGUCCACUCAUCGUCGAAGGGAGAGCUGUGAGCAGUGCGAGCUGAUAUGCCUUCAAGUCUUUCAGUUUAAUUAGUCCACAGAAGGGGGGGGGGUGGGGGGUAUGAACCAUAUUCAACAGCAUGAACAACUUUUUUCAUGAUCUUCAUUUUUCUAAUUAAUAUGCUAAUUUAAACAGCGAGAAGCCCAAAAAAAUUUAAUGAGAUCCCUGACAGUUGAGGGGGAAACCCCGUGGUGCAGGUGUGAGGCUUAAUGUGAAGAGAGGACAUGUUGUAAAUCAUUCUUCUAAUGUGUGUUUAAUACACACACAGAGAGGCGCUGUGAGAAAACUGUGAUUUUAGAUCCUUCUGAAUUUUAAACACGCUCACCAACACACGGUUUGAAAAAAAUCAAACAUGGAGGAAAAUAAAAGUUCAGAACAAGAAGCAUUGAGCGGAAAGUGUCCGUUCACUGUGAGAAGUUAAGCACUUCCUGUUGUUGUGGAAACAUGCGCUCACACUGUGGUACCAGUAAAUUCACCUUUUUGCACCAUAGAGUGACUGAAGUUUCCAUCUGUCAUCUUCUCUCCUUCAGCAGCGCUCUGUUUGUUUAAGCUGUCUUCACACAUGCACUCCUGAUCAUUUCUAGAAGAUUUCAGGCCCCUGAAAUCAUCCUGACUUACCUGUUCACACAUGCACCUCACAGCGGGAGGAAGGGGGGAGAAGAAGGCAGGACAUGGAAUAAAAUGGGCGACUCAAAACGGCUCCACCUCCGCAUCGUCUUGCCUCAGGAAAACCCUCCCUGCCCCGCCUCCUGCCCCACCAGGAUAGUCUCCUCCUGUGAGGUGCAUGUGUGAACGACCGGGUCAAGAGAAUCUCAGAAGCAGCCCUCCUGAAGUCCUCCAGAUAUUUUAAGGAGUGCAGAUGUAAAAACAGCUUUAGUGACAUUAUAAUCGAUCAUUAAGCCGCACUUUCUUACAAAUAUAUAAAACUUCUGAACGAGGAGUCGCUCCUGUUGAAGUGUUCUGGACGACGGUACGGUACAGGUUACAUCGAUGUCAAAUAUUUUGUGCAUUCCUGGGUUUUAAUCUGGAGAAAACACGUCGUCUACCCGAUUCGGCUGAACACGUUUGGCUGUAGCUUUAAAAUUCUCGACGUGGAGUUUCUAAUGGCGUCGUCUUCGGUUGUUUAUUUUUUUUUGCAUAUAAGGGCCGCUGCUGUUAAAAAUGUAGCUGUGGUCUGUUUUCCUCUCAGCACAGACUGGUUUGUAAAUCUUUUGCAGAUUCUCCUGCAGAGUUACACUAAUCAAUUUCAGAAGGUAAAGUCCGCAGCAGCCUCUCUCUCUCUGAUAAAGAAACAAUCAGAGCGCUGAAUGUGUUGCAUGUACCUCCUCUCUCUGUGCUGCUUCAUUUUGUGCCUCUAUGUUAAAUGCAUGACGUCUGUUAAUCUUUACAUAAUCAGUCUGUUCAAAGUCUUGAGCCAUUUAAAUCAUCACUAUAGAGACAAACAGAACACAGUAAAGUCAGUUAUGUGUGCUCUUAUGUAGCUUCAAACUGAACCGAGAGCAGCACAGGUUCAUUUGAUGUGCCUCGUCACACAGAAGCAAUAAAACAACAAACUCCAUCUUAAAUCAGAUGUAGCUGAAUUAAUCGAUUAUGUAGCUCCAUCUCCUCCCUUGAUGCUCAAAGCUGCAUCGUGUAGUUUCAGGACAGACUUGUCAACAUGAAAGUGCACAGUCACUGUUUGAUUUGUUUCCAUUGUUCAACACAUCAUCAUGUUUCAGAUCUUCACAGAUUGUGUUCAGUGUGUAAACAAAACAGAACUCCUCCUUUCUUAAGUUAGAGAUUCAAAUACUCACACUGACUGUUCACAUUAACUUCAGGUUACUUUUAUUUCCUGAUCUGAGUAACACUUUCAAUUAAGGUCACAAUGUUCACCAUUCACUAGCUGAUUAUUAGCAUGCUAACUAGCAGCAUGCUGGCUGCUUAUUAGUACCUUCCUGUACAUGACCACAGUCUACAGCUAACAGGUCAUUAACUAAGAGUUUGACUUCUUGAUUUCUGCUGAUUCAUUAUAAGUUAGGAAGCUGUUGAACAUGAAAUAUGAUCUCAACAUGCUUUGCUUACUGUGACCUUAUAAGGGCAUACUAAGCAAUACAUAUAAACUAUGUUCCUGUAGAAUAAGCUACUCAUAAGCAGCCAGUGUGCUACUAGUUAUCAUGCUAAUAAGCAGUUAGUUAAUGAAUAUUCUGACCUUCAUUGAAAGUGUUACAGAGCUCCUUGUUUUGCUCACCAUGCCUUAAAGACGGGUUCAUUUCUGCAUCUUUUAUACAUUUUGUUGAACGACUCAUGAAGGGAGAAUAUGAAGUACAAUCGAGCUGUUCUGUCCUCAUGGCUCUGAUUAUGUGGUACAUGUAUAUUUUACUGUAAUGCAGUUCUACUCUCUAAACUAAACUGUUGAAUCAGCCUCCGUGGUGAGACGAUGACGCUCACUGAACUGUGAAUGUGAGGCUCAGUUUGGGUUUGUGCACCAGCAUUUCUUUCUUUUAGAUGAUUCACUGUGAUGAUGAUGAUGAUGAUGUUUCUGUCAUGGUACUAUUUUCUUUGUCAACCAAUAAAUGACCAAACUGAGAGAAA